UGAAGGGGACGGAAGCGCCUGGACUUCCUCCUCGCUCUCCCCGCUGAUUGGCUUGCGAAGGUUAUGAAACCCUUGAAUGGGCGCUGCGAGCAACCUUUGCUGCAAAAAGUCCUGCUUUUGAAAAAGCGGCGCAGCGGGAUAAAAGGCGGAGGUCGGCGAGGCGAGCGACGGGGCUGCGCAUCAUGAAGUCUGCCGUGGUGCUGCUGGCCGGGCUGUGCGCGCUGACCGCCUACUAUGUGUACCUGCCCUUGCCCAGCACCGUAUCGGAGCCCUGGCGGCUCAUGCUGCUGGACGCAUCUUUCAGGGUGGCUCAGCAAACGUGCAACCUGGCUCAUUACCUGGGACUGGGUCAUCACUUGAGAAUUCUGAACUUCAUCAUUGGUACAUUUGACAAGCUGAAUCCUCAGCAGGCGGAACGGGUGAAGAUCACAGAUACUCAGUUCGAUGGCGUGGAGGUCAGGGUGUACGAACCUCUUGGAAAGGCAGAGAAGACUCUCAGGCGCAGUGUGGUUUACAUCCAUGGAGGAGGCUGGGCCUUGUCCAGCACAAGAGGAAGCUUCUAUAACAAUCUCUGCUCGAUCGUGGCUGAAUCUCUGGAUGCUGUGGUUGUCUCCAUUGAGUACCGACUCGUGCCCGAUUUCCAUUUCCCGGUGCAGUUCAAUGACGUUCUCCGGGCCACAAGGCACUUCAUGCAUCCCGAGGUCCUGGCUCAGUAUUCGGUCAACCCCAGCAGAGUUGCAAUUUCUGGUGACAGCGCAGGAGGAAACCUAGCAGCGGCCGUGUGCCAAGAGAUGAGUCAAGAUCAGAAUGAAACUGGCAGAUUUAAACUGCAGGCUUUAAUCUACCCCAUCCUUCAAGCGUUUGAUUUUAAUACUCCAUCCUAUCGGCAGAACGAGUUCGCCCCCGUCCUGCCGCGAUUUGUCAUGGUGAAGUUCUGGGUAGACUAUUUCAAUGGGAACUAUGAGUUUGCCCAGUCCCUGGUGGUCAACAAUCACACGUCCCAGGAUGUGAGCCAAGCCGGUCCUUUCAGGGACCGCGUGGAUUGGACUACCCUCAUCACCCCUCGUUUCAGAAAGACCUACAAACCUGUGACCCCCACCGUGGGGGAAGUGGAAAUCUUGCGGGCUAUCCCUUCCUUACUUGAUGUCAGUGCUGCUCCAUUGCUAGCCGAAAAACAGGUCCUCCGGCUGCAGCCGAAGACUUACAUCCUGACUUGCGAGAUUGACGUUCUGAGAGACGACGGGAUCAUGUACGCCAAACGGCUGGAGGAUGCUGGGGUAGAGAUAACCCUGGACCACUUCGAAGACUGCUUUCACGGCUGCAUGAUCUUCACCAUUUGGCCGACCCGCUUUUUGGCAGGGAUUCGCAUCAGGGACAGCUAUAUCCAGUGGCUUCGUGAAAACCUGUGAAGAACGUCUUGCUUGCAAAAAGCAAAAACUGUCACAGGUCCAGGAUGCCAUGAGCUCCUUUAACACAAUCUUGUGCCAUCUGUUUUGAAAAUGAGAUUUAAGUUGCCCUGUAAGGGUGUGCCACUAA